AUGGGUAGAAGUAGAAGAGGCAGUAUUACUAAUAGUCAAUCAGAUAUUUCCAGUUCAGAAUCUGACAAUGAAGUAUUAAAAAGACAUAUGAAAUUGGACGAGGCAAUUUUAUAUUGUGAAGGAUGCUCAUUGAAAACAGGUGCAAUGAAAAAUUUUAAAUUACGUUAUAAUACAUUUGGUUUAACAAAUAGUGCAAUUUGUUUCUAUGGUUCAUUUUCAUUAAAAAAGAAAAGAAAGAUUAUACCAUUUAAAUCAAUUUCAGAUGUAGAGUGGUUGGAAGAUGAUAGCGUCAAAUUAGUAGUUCCACGUGAAAAUAGAGAUAAACCAAAAAAUUAUCAUAUCCAUUUUAAAAAAUCACAUGGUGGUUCACCAUAUAGAUUAAUAGAGUCAAGAUGGCAAGCUUCGAAAUUAGAUCCAUUAAGCAGACUAUCCAGCGGAGAAGAGUUAUACAGAAAUCCAACAAAUCAAAAUUUAUUAAAGCAUUUCCAAAAUAUACCAAGAGAUGAGAGAAUUGAACAUCAAUACAGAUGUCGUAUUAAAGGAUCAAUAACUCAAAAUUAUGGUAUUUUAUUUACAACUCAAACACGUAUUUUAUUUAUGUCUAUUGACACAACUUUUAAAUGCGAAGAAAUUAAAUAUGAAAAUGUUAUUGAAAUUAGUGAAUCUUUACCAACAAAAGGAAAACUAAAAAAAUCAAUUCUCAUUAAAAUUGGCAAAGAUAGAACAUAUGCAUUCUCUUCAUUUGAAAAUAAAGAGGAAGUUUUAGUUCAAUUGGCUCAAUCCUGGGGAAAUUAUAAAAAUAAUAAAAAAUCAGUUACAGUUUCAACUUCUUCAGUUCAAAAUACAUCAAAUACCUAUAAAAUGGAGCAACCAAAUUUACCAACUAAUUCUAAAAAUUCAACAUGGACUCAAGUUUCAGCACCAAAAAAUAACAAUAGUUUGGCUCCACAACCAUCACCAUCUCCAUCACCAUCAUCAUCUGCCCCCUCUUCACCAAGACCUUCUAGUAAUGCAUCAAAAACAACAACACCACAAUCAACAACCACUAAUAAUAAUAACAACAAUACUGCUUCAAUACCCAAACCACCCUCAACACCUUUAUUAAAUGAAAAAAGUAAUGUUAAAUAUGGUGAUAGAGUAGAUAAAGUUUUUCCAAAAGAAACAAGUACAGAGUUAAGACAACAAGAGGAAAUUAAGGCAAAAGGAAAACAAGUUAAAAAUAGAGGUUGCUGUUCAUUAUUUUUUUAA